CUGACGAGAGCAGGCUUCAUCGCCUGGACUCUGUGCAGACACGUCACCGGCAUCGACGCGAGUCGCUCACGUCGAACGUGCUAGACGAAGGAGCGUAUACACCUCCGUUCUCGCCAGAUCUCGGCCCGGAGGUCGAAACGGUGCUGGAAGGGCACCCUCGUGUAGGAGAGGGAAUUCGCUGAGGGGAGACGCCCGAAAUGGACUGGGCUAAUGUCACCCCGGGGGAGCUCAUGGACGCGCUGCGUGAGGUGGACUGGAACAUGCGUCCGCGCCCCUUGACGGAGUUCUUCGCCAGAUUCACCCCACCGAAGUCGCAGGGCAAGCUCACGUCCAGGCUGAAGUGCAACAUCUACUACUACCGCGCCAACUACUUCGCGCUCCUCGUCCUCAGCUUUGUCGUUGCGUUUUUCCGCAAUCCGUUUGCGCUGUUUGCGUGCGCGAUGUCUUGCCUGUCGCUGCUGUGCGCCAACGACAGCUUCGCGCAGUCGAUGAGCGAGAAGAUCACGAGGACGGUGCGGAAGUACCACCCGCCGACGGCGGCGUGGAUGCGCAGGAACGCGAACGUGGCGGCGGCGCCUAGUCGUCCGUACAGCAAGUCGAAGGUGGUGCACAUCUGCGGGUUUCAGCGCUUGCACGUGGUGGCGUUUCUGUGCGUGCUGUCGUUUUUCAUGCUGAGGAGCUCCAGAGCGGUGAGCACGGUGCUCUGGGCGCUCGGGAUGUUCGCCGUGGGUACCCUGGCCCACGCGUCCCUGAGGAGUCCCAACCUCAAGGCGAGGCUCAGUAGCUAUAGGGAGGAGUUCAGGGCGGUGUGGCGCGGGUAUAGCGAGGCGUAGAUUGUCAGUAUAGUUCCCGUCGCGUGAACCA